AUAACUCAUCGUAGCUUGCGUAGCGUGUGGAGCAGAUCAAAACACUUGAACCGCGGUAACAGCAUAACAAGCCUACCUGACUCGAAGGGACAGUGAAUAGAAACCACCGGCGCCCUCGGCCUUUCUCAUACCGAAGCCCCCAUUUACCCCGGAUUUUACCAGGAUGUUUUAUAUUAUCCCGUGGACCGAAUAUAAAAGAAGAGAUAUAAUUAAAGCUCAAGGAGACCGUGAUCUUUGACCAUCUCGAAAAUCGAAGAUGCGUUACCAACUUGCGGCAAUCGCAGCGCUUCUCCCGACGGGGUUGGCUUUGUUCAAUGCGACGCAAAACAACAGCAGUCUCACUCUAUCCAAUGAUCGACUCGUUGCGUCAGUCAGCAAAUCUAAAGGCGCAAUCAACGUUCUCACACUCGAUGGACAGAACCUUUUGGGAAAAGAGGAUGGUAGCACUGGAAUCGGCCCAUAUUUGGAUUGCUACUGUAUCCCAUCCCCUGGCGGAUUCUGGACGCCCGGUCGGGGGUCAAAUGUGACCUACGAGCUCUUUCACGGAGUAGAUUCAACUGGAAAGAACUAUGGAGGUAUCAGUAUGGGCGAGACCUACAUUGGUACUGGUCAACGUUUAGAACAGUACUGGUUUCUCAAGGAGGGAGAAACUGGCCUCCAUACCUUCUCUCGAGUUGUAUAUCACAACAAGACGUCCCCUUUCCUCCGAAAUCUACAAGAACUUCGGACGAUGUUCCGACCAAAUCACGAUCCACCGCUCUUUACCCAUUUUGUUACGAACGAAAAGUUCGCUGCUCCCCGGCCUGACCUAGAUGGGGAAAUAACGGUUCAAGAUGCCACUUGGAAGCUUGCGAACCCUACCGAUCCUUAUGUGACCGGAGUCGGAGAAUAUUUUACAAAGUACACUUUCCAAGACACUUGGAGGAAUCACCGAGCACACGGCAUGUACGCAGAUGGUUCAGGGAGUAGCAACGGAUCCUCGUUCGGAGCUUGGUUAGUGAUGAACACCGUGGAAACAUAUUUUGGUGGGCCUCUCCAUUCAGACCUUGUUGUUGACGGAAUCGUGUAUAACUAUUUGCAAUCGAAUCACCAUGGAAUGCAAACACCUAAUAUCACCGAUGGAUUUGACCGCACUUUCGGGCCACAGUACUAUCACUUCAAUAAGGGGGGAUCUCUCGACGAGCUCCGCCGUGAUGCUGAACAGUACGGCCUCAAUCCGAAUUGGAACGCCGACUUCUACGAUUCGAUAUCUAAACAUGUUCCGAACUUGGUACCAUCGGCUGGGCGCGGGAAAUUCGAAGCAAAGGUCAACCUUCCCAAAGGAGCCAAAAACGGGAUCGCGAUUCUGACACAAAGUGGAGUUGAUUUCCAAGACAAUGUCUAUGACACCAAGGCUUAUCAAUACUGGCAUGAGAUUCCGCAGGAUGGUCGAGUCAAUAUCGAACGAGUCAAAGCCGGGAAAUAUCGUCUGACUGUUUACGCUGAUGCCAUAUUCGGCGAUUUCAUCCAGGACGGCAUCCUCGUUUCGGCCGGAAAGACCACGACAGCCAGUGUCGAUUGGAGUCAAGAGAGUGCAGGCAAUGAGAUCUUUCGUAUUGGAACGCCCGACAAGAGCUCAGGCGAAUACCGCCAUGGCUAUGCGCCCUCUCCGGAUCACCCACUCCUCACAGAAGAGUAUAGAUUAUAUUGGGGCGCCUACGACUUUGUAAAAGAUUUCCCAGAAGGUGUUGAAUUCAAAGUGGGACGCGACGACCCUGCCACAGCUUUGAACGUUGUCCAUUGGUCUUCAUUUGGCGGGCAAGCAGACUAUGAGCGUCCCGAACCCGUUGUCGAGAAGGUGAACAACUGGACGAUCCUCUUUGACGCAUCAGCGCAACAAUUGCGCAACAAAACAACUGCUACUUUCACGGUACAGCUUGCCGGGUUCAAGAGUGCGGCCGGUAAUACAGAUAUAUAUAACGCGAGCGAACCCUAUUCUAACCUUCCAUACACCGUGAACGCAAACGGCAAGGACUUGGAGCCUUGGGUUCUGCCUUAUUACCAGAGCAGUUCUUGCAUUGUGCGCUCGGCUGUUAUCUGCUACAAUGUCAGACACAAGUUCGAAUUCGACACGAAGCUGUUGAAGCAAGGCGAAAACAGGUUUGUUCUGAGCCUGCCAUACAACGCGACAAACUACGAAAGCGCCCUAUUGCCAACGAGUGUAUAUGUGCAAUACGAUGCUAUGAGGCUGGAGGUGAAGUGAAGAUCAUUAUAGUUGGAUACAGUCUUGUGACACGAACGCUUGAUUCGGCAUCUCUCAUCUGCCGUGAUAGGGGAGAACGUUCAAAGAUAUCGAACGUCUUGUUAAGCAAGGGUGUUUAGUUCAGUGUUGUCCUAAGUAAAUCAUUUGAAUAAUGAAUCAUCGUUUCAGAGACC